GUGAGCGGUAUGCACCCUUAUACACGAUUUACGGCGUACAAAGCAAAAAAAAGUUAAAAUAUAAAGAAACAAAUAGAAAAAGUGUGCGGUACCAAGAAAAUAAACCGAACCCGACACCGACACCAAAACACCGAAAGAUAGAAGGAGAAGAAAACAGCAAAUAGGAGCAACAAGGACAACAAGGAACCAAAUGGAAUCAAAACCAUGAAAAAGGCGUAACUAAACUGCUGUGCUCCAACCCAGGCUAUAUACAACUUUAGAUGUGUGGGCUUUUUACAAAAUAUUUACACCUUGCCACCGCUGCCACGCCCACGUCCAAAGCGAACUUUUGUAUUGAAGUAGAAACAAAAGCAAGAACCGCAACAACUGCAACUGAAACAAAUUUAGUGAUAUGGAACUGUGCAUAGCAACAAAGUCAAAAAUAGUGAAAGAAAGUCAAAAAUGCCACCAAAAUCAAAUGAAUUCUCAAGUGAACAACAACAGCAACAACAAAUGCAACAACACAAAGCACAAGAAAAGCAACAGAAAAAGCGAAAACAGAGACCACCUGAACAAGCAUCAAAAGGAACAACAGAACCAACGAACACUUGCAACAACAACAACAACAACAACAACAUCAGCAUCAGCAACAUCACCACAAAAUAACACAAAUCACAUUAGCAGCACACAAUUGAACACUCUUUAUAUGCUGCUCCUGCUUCUAAUCCUUGGCCUGAUCAAUUCGACCUGUGCCACGCCCUACGAACGAGAACGGGAGGCUCUGUUGGCCUAUUAUAAGCGAGUCCAGCAGUUGCAACAUGAACCCCAAGUGCAGGAAUAUAAUCUCAGAGAGUCUAUAAUUGAUUUUGAUGAGAUUAUGCCUACGGCCAGUGUUGUCUCUCAUCUGGGUCUGAGCAAUGGUAUGAAAGGAUUGAGAAAGCGCAGUGCAACAUCGACAACACUGCCGACAACAACAACAACACCAGCAACAACAUUGCCACCAGCAGCAGCAACCACAACUAAAGAGAAAUGCGAGCCAAAAGUUUUGGAAAUGGCGCCCGAUGAGCCGUUUUACGACUAUAGUGACAUAGCCGGAGAUGCCGCACGACAGUUUAUUGAAUUCUUAGCCAUGAAAUUCCCAAAUGCCAAUACCAAUACGCCCAUUACAAUUGAUGAGCAAACACGUUCAGAGGUUACUCGACGUGCCAAUGGCAUAGCCAGCUAUGCCCUAAAUGAGGAUGAGAACCUAUUGGCAUUUGCCAUAGCGGCGCCAAGUAUACACACAGUUGUGGUUAAAUUUCGGAACAAUGUGACGAUACCACCAAACGAAGUGCACAAUAAAGCAUACUUAGGCUCCUAUUGGAGAGAAUUGGGAGCGGCAUGGAACAGCAGCGAUGGCACCCAGGAGUGGGGGGCACCAUUUCGUGACUGCAACCUGUUGACAAGACGUUGGCUUUGGCCCUUUCGCAUAUCAUUCAUGCAGCAAACAAUCAAAGUGGUGGCAGCUGCGUUUAUCGCCGCCGACGAAGAUGUAUGCAAUGAUGGCCUCGAAGAGGUUUUUGGACGUCGUCAUGGCUGUGAUCGUAAUACCACCUUUUGUCUACUCACUGAGAACAAACCCGCAGCCACUCGAGAUGUUUACACGUGCAUUUGUCGGGAAUCCUAUUAUUUGCCCAAUGCCACAUUGCAGGGUUUUCGUGGUGAUCUGGUUGAGCUAUCUGAGGGGUUUGAUAACUAUUCCUGCAUACCAUGCCCCGGAGGCUGUUCGAAUUGUGAUCAACAUGGCAUUUGUCUGACCUUUCAAGAAGAGGAGGCAUUGAACAUGGAUGCCAUGUUACGUCUCCUGGUGGCCAUUGUCUUGGGUGCUUGCAUUUUGUGCUGUGUCGUCCUCAGUGUUAUUGUUUUCAGACAGAGGAAGUGCAAGGCCAUUGCCUCGGGCAUGUGGACUGUGCUGGAGACUAUACUCCUGGGCAUUGUUUUACUUUAUGCAUCUGUUGCCGUCCAUUUCUUUCCCGCCUCCACCGAGCGUUGCCUCCUGGAGCCUUGGCUGCGUGAACUGGGCUUCAUUACCUGCUACGGCGCGAUCAUAUUGAAAUUGUAUCGCCAUCUGGUUGAUUUUCGUACACGAAAGGCCCAUCGCUGGGUACUGCGUGACGUGGAUUUGCUUAAAUAUCUGGGCACCAUGGUAUUUGCCGUCAUCUGCUAUAUGUCGGCAUUUACGGCUUCGUCCCUUGAUCUAUUGGAGAGUGCCAAAUUGGAAAGCUUGCGUGAGGCCAGCACCAAUACCUGCCAUCCACUUAAAUGGGAGCUGGUGACACAGACCAGCGAGAUACUUAUCCUCUGCUUUGGCCUGCAUUUGUCCAUUGCCAGUCGAAAUGCCAAUACACAGUUCCGGGAACGACAAUUUCUGGUCACCGCUUUGACUCUGGAGUUCCUUGUAUCUUCGAGUUUCUAUUUUCUACGCUUUGUCUAUCUGCCGGAAAUGAGUCCCAGCGCCAUUUUGCUGGCACUUUUUGUACGCUCCCAGCUAACGAAUAGCUUCGCCUUGGGUUUGAUAUUUGUGCCAAAAUUAUGGUAUCAGCACAAGCAGGUUCGUUCGCUUGCGUAUGAUCUAUCAAUACGUUUACCUGUGGAUGCUUUCAAGGGUACGUCACAUGAUGCCGGCCAACGAUUGGGCGGGGGUUAUGCUGGUCUAUGCCUGGGCGAUCCCGAUAUUGGUGAGCUAACCAUAUCCGAAAUGAGUCCUGAAGACAUACGUGCUGAGCUCAAAAGACUGUACACACAACUUGAGAUUCUGAAAAACAAAACGCUGAGACAAGACAAUCCGCACAUAAGCAAAAGACGUGGUGGACGCAAGGCGGGUCAUCGUCGUUUCUCAUUGCAAAAAAAGGGCAGCAAAGAUAAGGCUUUAAGUGCCAAACAUCGCAGCAAUAAGCAUCAUCAGGAUAUCGAGAUAACCGAGGCGGAACCGUCACGGACACCCGAGGAUUCGGUAUGCAGUGCCGAAGGACCCACAGAUACCUAUGCAGAAAUAUCGGGCAUAUCGCAUUCAAUGCUAUCCCAUUCCAUGGUCUCGCAUUCCGUUGUCUCUCAUUCAAAGUAAACCAAACCAAAAGCAAAGGAAAACAUAAAUCAAAGACGAAAAAUUAUUAAGAUAUAUACGAUAUUCCAGCGACAAACAAAAAACUACACUUUGUAUAUACUUAUAUA